AUGUCCGACCACAAGUCGCGUCAGUCGUCCGGCGGCAAGUCGUUCUUUUCGAGGCGCAAGAACAAGGACGACGUGCCCGAGACGCCCGGCCUGCCAUCAAACCUCAGCGCAGGCUCCUCGCGCCAUCAGUCCCGCUCUUCCGUGAACUCGCUGAACGGCUCGCCGAACAACCGGCCCAUCUCCUACUUGCCUGAGCACCUGCAGACUGCCGGCGUGUUGACCAGCAUACCAUACGACAGCGUCCCUCCCGAUGGCCGUUCUCCUAUCUCUGUCGAUUUCCUGCCCAACAGCCAAGCUGCUGCCCAAGCCGCCGCCCGCCGCGAGCCGCUACCACAUCAUCUUAACAAGGGCGGCGCCGAUUUCCACCAGUACCCCAUCUUUAAUCCCUCAGCACCGCCGCCGCCUGGGGUGGCGGUCCCGCCGCGACCUCCUCCACACUCUACAGGCACCGCCAUGGCUUCCAGCCAGCCUGGCGACAGAGGCGUGUCCAUUCAACAAUGGGGCUCAGGUCGCCCGAGCACAAGCUCCGGACGACCUUAUUCUCCGAACGCUCACGGAUCAUCCUACGCCGCCACCGAGGCCUCCUACAACACUCGCGCCUCCUCCGACCAAGCCAGCGUAUACUCGAACCACUCCGGCCACCGUGACACAAAGAUGAGCUUCGCCACCCUGGGCGUGGACCAACACACGCUACUACCUACCAUUGGUGUCAAUGGAAGACCGAUAGCACCAGCACCAGCCCCCGGCAACGCUGCCUCCUUUGACCCCGCUGGAUUCCAUUUGCAAAGACCCAACGAUGACCGGGAAAUCGAGUUCGAAUUCAUGGCCCUCAUGCAAAAGCGUGGUUGGAACAGUUUGCCCGAGCAGGCAAGGCGGCAGAUGGAGGCGUAUCCGAUUUCAAAGAAGUGGACACUGGUGCAUCAAGAUCGGCUAGCAGAAUGGCAGGGUGAACAAAGAAGGCGACAAAAUGCCAGGCAAUCACAAUACAGCGUGGAUGGGACGGGAAUCCUCGGCCGCUCCGAUGAGGAGGGCAGCCCGGAAUGGUAUGUGCGGAAAGUGCUGGACAACUCGAUUACAGCCAAGCAGCUGCAAUCCCUGAGUGUCAGCUUGAGGACACAGCCGAUUGGAUGGGUCAAGGCAUUCGUCGAGGCGCAGGGCUCAAUUGCGCUCACGAAUGUUCUGAACAAGAUCAACCGGAGACAGGGAGGGGGCCCAGCACCACCGCCAGGAUCGCAAAACACCCAGGAAAAGGACCUCGACCGCGAGUACGACAUUGUCAAAUGUUUGAAGGCUUUGAUGAACAACAAAUACGGCGCCGAUAAUGCCUUGGCCUACCCUCAAAUCGUCACUUCUCUCGCCAGCUCUCUCGUUUCUCCCCGCCUGAACACCCGGAAACUCGUCAGCGAAGUCCUCACAUUCUUGUGCCACUGGGCGAACGGCCAGGGUCAUGAGAAGGUCUUGCAAGCAUUGGAUCAACUGAAACAGGCACAAGGGGAAAAUGGACGGUUCGAUGCUUGGAUGCGUAUUGUGGAAGUUACCGUUGACGGUCGCGGAAAGAUGGGCAGUUUGGUCGGGGCCAGUGACGAAGCUCGGAGUGGAGGUAUUGGCUUCGAGAACCUGCUCAUGGAAUACGCCGUCGCAUCGCUGUUCCUCGUCAACAUGAUUGUGGAUGCCCCGGAAAGAGACCUGCAGCUGCGUGUGCAUCUGCGCGCACAGUUCACAGCAUGUGGCAUCAAGCGCAUCUUGAAUAAGAUGGAAGGCUUCCAAUACGAUGUCAUUGACAAGCAGAUCGAGCGAUACCGGACGAAUGAGGCCAUCGACUAUGAGGAUCUGUUGGAGAGGGAGAACAGUAGUAUGGUGGACAGCAUCGAAGGGGAGGUGAAGGAUAUGAAUGACCCGAGCCAGAUCGUGGACGCCAUCCAAAACAAGAUUGCGGGCACCAGAGCACAAGACUACUUCGUCUCUGCUAUGCAGCAUUUCUUGCUCAUUCGGGACAAUGAGGGAGAGGAUAGACUUCGGUUGUUCCAGCUUGUCGACUCCAUGCUUAGCUACGUUGCCAUGGACCGCCGCUUGCCCGACAUGGACCUCAAGCAAAGCCUGAACUUCACAGUGCAGAGUCUGCUGGACAAGCUUUACACGGACUCGGAAGCACGUCAGGCUCGCGACGAGGCAAUCGAGGCUAGACAGAUUGCAGAUGCCGCAGUUGCUGAGCGUGAUGAGAUGCGAGCACAGCUCGAGCUGGGCGCAGAUGGCCUGGUUGGCAAGCUCCAAAAGCAACUGGAGGAGCAGAAUGCCCUGUUGGAGCUUCGUGGAAGACAGAUCAAGCAGCUCAAGGCUGAGCUGUCAGAUCUGCAGACCGUGCGUGCCAAGGAACUCCAGCGAAACGAGCUCGAGACGAGAGAGCUCUACCUCAUGCUGCGCGAUGCUCAGGAUGUUGCGGCUUCUGCCGCCGCAAAGAAGGGCAAGGAUGGCAAGCUUGGCCAGACUGAUCCCGCUCUCAUGCAAGGCAUUCUCGAUCGCGAGAAACUCCUUGACAAGCUUGAGAUGCAGCUCGAGCGCUCCAAGACUCAAGCGAAGCUCGAGGGCAAGGUCUGGCAGGCGGUCGAGCCUGAAGACAAGCUGCGUGAACUUCGUGAGAGGAUGGACGGCCUUGACGAGGAACGCAACAGGCAAGAAUUCGCUCGCGCCGACUACACCAACAGUUUCCUCGGAUCCGUCAACCGCAAGCCCGUCCCGAAGAGAGCUGGAGACGAUGACACGGAUGCCGAUGAUGAAGAGAUGAUUGUCGAGAAGCCGCGUCUCGUUGAGCUCAGGCGUCCCAAGAUGUCGUCGACCCAACAGGGGGCUCUUCUUGGAGAGAUCGCUUCGAAGGUCAAGAAACUGGAUGAGAGCGACGAUGAGGCCGAGGGCGAGAAGCCCGAGUCUGCCGAGAAGCCUGAAGACGGCGCUGAGAAGUUCAGCGGUCCCCCGCCGCCUCCUCCGCCUCCAAUGCCCGGCAUGGAUGGCGCCCCGUCCAUGCCAGGCUUCGAAAAUGGUGCUCCUCCACCGCCGCCUCCACCGCCCAUGCCUGGUAUGAAUGGCCCGCCUCCGCCACCUCCGCCGCCCAUGCCUGGAUUCGCAGGUGGCGCUCCUCCGCCGCCUCCGCCAAUGCCUGGAUUUGCAGGUGGAGCUCCUCCGCCACCACCGAUGCCUGGAUUUGCGGGUGGUGCACCUCCUCCGCCGCCAAUGCCAGGAAUGGGUGGACCGCCACCGCCUCCUCCGCCGCCAGGAGCACCGCCGAUGCCUGGCGCCCGCCGUGGACCUGGAUUCUUGCCCCAGCCUGGCUAUGCCCCCACGCAGAAGAUUGGUCUUGCCGUUGCAAGGCCGAAGAAGAAGCUCAAGGCGCUGCAUUGGGAGAAGGUCGACACUCCUCAAGUUACCAUGUGGGCGACGCAUGCUCCCACCUACGAGGCCAAGGAAGAGAAGUACCGCGAAUUGUCCAAGAAGGGUGUGCUUGACGAAGUUGAGAAGUUGUUCUUGGCCAAGGAGAUCAAACAGAUUGCGAAGAAGCAGUCCGCGAAGAACGACAAGAAGCAGCUGAUUUCGAACGACCUUGUCAAGGGCUUCCACGUCGCAUUUGCCAAGUUCAACCAGCAUUCCGCCGAUGAUCUUGUCCGCAUGAUCAUUCACUGUGACAAGCCAAUCCUCGAGAGCGAUGUGGUCAUAGAGUUUCUGCAGAGGACUGAGCUCUGUGUCAUUCCCGAGCAAGUCGCGAAGUCAAUGGCGCCGUAUGCCAAGGAUUGGACUGGCCCAGAUGCUGCCAAUGCUACGCGCGAAUCGAAUCCGGAUGAGCUCACCAGGGAAGAUCAGAUCUAUCUGUACACUGCCUACGAGUUGCACCACUACUGGAAGGCGCGUAUGCGGGCUCUCGACCUUACCAGGACGUACGAGAGCGAGUAUGACGACAUCUUCACCAAGCUUCAGGAAGUCGUCCGUGUCUCUGAUUCCCUGCGCGAUUCCGUCUCGUUGAUGAACGUUCUCGGCCUGAUUUUGGAUAUUGGUAACUACAUGAACGACGCAAACAAGCAGGCCACUGGUUUCAAGCUGUCAUCGCUCGCACGUCUUGGGAUGGUCAAGGAUGACAAGAACGAGUCUACGUUUGCCGAUCUCGUGGAGCGUAUCGUGCGCACCCAGUACUCUGAGUGGGAAAGCUUUGUGGAAGAAAUCGCCGGCGUCAUUCCUGCGCAGAAGAUUAACGUGGAGCAGCUCAGCACUGACGCCAAGAAAUACAUCGACAACAUCAAGAACGUGCAGGCCAGUUUGGAUUCAGGUAACUUGAGUGAUCCAAAGAAGUUCCAUCCUGAGGAUCGUGUUAGCAUCGUCGUUCAGCGCAGCAUGAAGGAUGCCCGCCGUAAGGCUGAAGCGAUGGAGGACUACCUCGAGGACAUGAAGAAGACGUAUAACGACAUUCUGACGUUUUAUGGUGAGGACCCGACGGACGAGAAUGCACGGAGGGAUUUCUUCGGGAAGCUGGCCGUCUUUGUUAAUGAGUGGAAGAAAUCGAGGGAGAAGAACAUCAGAUGGGAGGAGCAGCGUCGCCGGAACGAGGAAGCCAUGCGCCGCAAGGCUGCGCAAGCUGCUCCGCGCUCGCCAACAGCAGACGGCCCGCUGCUCAGCCCUGCAUCAACCGGUGCCAUGGACACUCUGCUGGAGAAGCUGCGUGCUGCUGCACCACAGACCCGCGAUCAGCGCGAUCGUCGCCGCCGCGCCCGUCUCAAGGAUCGUCACCAGGUUCGCGUGGCAAGUGGGCAGAAGAUGCCCGAGCUCAAGGGAAUCAGCGGCGACGAAGAAGGCAGCAGCGCGGCCAACGGCCUUCUCAGUCCCAACAGCAUUGCGUCAGGCGAAGCCAGUGGCGAUACCGGGGCCGAGGGCGAGGAGAAGGACAAGAAGGAUGGCGGAACCAGCGAGGGCGAGGACAUUGCCGACCGUGCGGCCGUCAUGCUGCAAGGUAUUCGGGGCGACGGAACGGAGGUUUCGGAUUCACCCGGUAGGGAAGACAGCAUUCGUGUCCGGAGAAGGAGAGAAAACGCCGGAACCGAGCGGGAAGCAAGGAGAAGAAGGCGCGCGCGCCAAGGCGGUAGCACGGCGGACGAGUCGAUCAAGGAGGAACCUGGCGCAGGUGACGGUGAUAACGGGACGGAUUCGCGCCCAGGUACUGGUUACUCGAGGCCGGGAACUGCACACACGGAGGCGACGACGACUGAUUCGGUGGCUGAAUCGGAGCAAACGAAGACGGAGUCCGAGGCAGAUGGCGAGAGGACUGCGCUACCGAGCCCGCCGCCAGAGAAAGACGAGGAUGAGCCAAUGCCGGAUGCCGAUGCAGACGAUGACACUGAUGGGCCGAGGGAAGACGCGGAGUCUGAAGCCAAGGAGGGCGAUGCGGAGAAGGACAGUGACCGUCCCGAGUCGCCGCUCCCAACGCCAGUCACCAUUGUCAGCCCACCUAGCCCAGGCAAGGAGGAUAAGAGCGAAGCACCGGCGGUAUCGAAGGACGACGAAUAA